AUGGGGAUCGGCUCGAACUCUCGGAUCAGGAUAACCAAGAAAGGUUCUGCCCCGCCUACCCUGAUCACUCCGCUGACAUCGACCACCUCGAAACCGAGGUUCACAUCCCGGCUAUCGCAUCGUCGAGCAGAGACGACCGAUGGACCGCUUCCUACCCCACCUCCGAGUUCCGGAUCGAGCAUGACCCCACCUCCUACAUCCACCUCAUCCUAUCAACAUCAACUCCAAUCACCUACAAAUACAUCCACAUCCACCUCGGCCUCGUCCAUACAUUCAGCCCGGGUGAGGGCGAGGACCGCCCCGGGGAUUGAGACGGGAGGACUGGACCAUGCGAGGUUCUGUGCGGUCAGACAGAGUUGGAGCGAGAUUACUGAGGAAGACCUCGUCCAGAAUUUGAGUCCGAGGGAACGGACUAGGCAGGAGGUCCUCUACGUGACGGAGCUAUGCAGGUUGAAGACCACCUUCAUCGACUCGCUGCUUCCUCCCUCGACGGAUGAACCCCCCGUCAUCCCUUCAUUUUCCUCUCCUAUGGGCUCCCCGCGCUCAGACUCGGUCCCAUCUCUCCAUUCGUACAUGACCAACAACAACCUGCACCGCUCCAAAUCGCCGAGCUACAGCUCGACCAAUUCCCCACCUUCGAUCGAUGAGGAAUGUGAAAACUUGCCCAUCGCAGCGAGGUUUGCUAGUCCGACGAUGAUGCACCACGCUAAUAUCGGCUCUGGGAGGGAUUUCUCGGGGAGCGUGUCUUCCCGUCAACGAGAACGAGGGGGUUCGAUGGAUACGACCAAUACCGCCAUCUCUGAUCAGACGCGUAGCGAUGCGACCGGGUUGGACAGGUCCGAGCUGAACGACGAGACCAUCAGGAUCAAGCCGAAUGAGAAAUACUCGGUCCUGGUCAAUGGGCGACCGUCUGAUCAAGAGCCCGCCGGAUCCACGAAGAAUGGCCGGUCACACCAUUCGUUGCCUCCUCCACCUCGAGGUAAAACCAACGGGCUGUCGAACAUGCUCAAUCAGUCGUUUUCAGCGAAGCAUUCCAGAUUCUCCCUCAGACCCGCUGCCAAGUCCGAAGAUUCUGAAUCGAUACCUACCACGGCAGACUCGUCGACAAAGCACAACAAGCUGCAUAAAAAACGAGAGAGGAUGCCUUCCGGCUCGUCUGGGAUGGAUAACUUUAGGGAUCAUGCGCAUCUUCCCGAGUUGCCUGAAGAUCUCAAGAUUAUCCUCGACGUGCUGGGACAUGGUGUUCUGGACGGUCAUCUGAACCUGGCUGAUCAGCUGAGGAAGCGGUACGACGACCAAUACCCGUUGGUCAGGUCGUUGACCGACAUCUUUAUUGCCAACGCUUCGGUGCUCAACCAAUAUGCCAUUUACGUUCUUCACCUGGAAAAGGCGUUGCAACAGGUAGAAUCUGCCGUGCUCGCCGCUGAAGCCGCAAGUAAAAAGUCGGAAAAGGGUUUGGUACCCGAGGAAGUCCGGCUAGGGCGGUACCUACUAAGCCUUGAAGAGCUCGCUAAGGAUCGGGGCGAGAGCGGACUAGUCAUCUCGCUCAGCAAACCUUUCCAGAGACUCUUGAAGUACCCGUUGUUGUUCCAGAACUUGCUAUUCCACACCGAUGCGACCAGCCACGAGUUCGACGGGACCAUGCUUAUCUUGGAACAGGUGGACAGUAUCGUGAGGCGUAUAGAGGACGAAAAGUCGUCUCAGGAACAAAGAGAAAAGACGAGAGAUGCCAUUGCCCGGGUAGAAGGGUUGGAGAACGACAAGCUCCUGGCCGUUCCCAAGCCUUCUCGAGUAUAUGUUGAGGAGCAUCGUUACAAUCCGCCGGCAACUAUCCCCGCUAGUCCGAGCCGAGGUAGCGUCAGACGAAGGUCAAGAGAGGAUUCUGGACAGCGAAGGAGUUUCAAGCGCCUGAGCGAUCUGAUGAGGCAUGAAGAGAAGGAGAAUUGGGUGCUGAUCACGAUGAGGAUCACGGCUUCGACCUCCAGUGUCUUCUCGGACGUCUCGCUGCUAGUGCAAAAGACUGGUACGACCACCCUGGCUGUCGGUCAUCAAUCCACCAAGCACGAUGGUGAUGGCAAGGGACGUCAGGCCACGAUCGGACGGAGGAGUCGGCAGAUCACGCCGCGUAAUCUGUACAAGGUGCGUCUCAAAGGUAUGCCAAACGCAAGACCUACUGCUGACCUUGAACGCUUCCGCUAUUAG